AUGGAUAAUAACGAUGCAGUUGGACUUGAUGACAAUGAAACCGCAGGAAUGGAGGAAGAAAAAGUAGUGACAAUGAUGGACGUGUUAAAAGAACAAGAAGAUUUUGAAGAAGAUGCAAAUGCUGUACUCGGAGCUUCUGACGAUAAAAAUUGCACUUUCUCUAUGGGCUACAUCAAAAGACAAGCUAUAUAUGCUUGUAUGACUUGUAAUUCUGAUGCCAAAGAUGAUCCUUCAAAGAGAGCAGGUGUUUGCUUGGCUUGCAGCCUUAAAUGUCAUGAGGAUCAUGAACUUGUUGAGCUUUAUACAAAACGCAACUUCCGAUGUGAUUGUGGUAACCCUAAGUUUAAGUCACAUCCUUGUCAAUUCACUCCAAAUAAGCAAGAUUUAAAUGAGGAAAACAGUUACAACCAAAAUUUCUCUGGUCUGUACUGUAUUUGUCAAAGACCUUAUCCAGACCCAGACUUAACAGAAGAAGAUGAAAUGAUACAGUGCAUUAUUUGUGAGGACUGGCUCCAUUCUGCACAUCUUGAUGCUACUGUCCCUGAUAAUGAUCAAUAUUCAGAGAUGGUCUGUAAACAAUGCAUGGAAAAAAAUAAUUUCCUACAUAACUAUGGAGACCUUAUUGUAAACUCUGAAGCAGAUGUUAUUGAUAUAAGCAUGAAUGGAUUAUCUAAUAGUGGUGCAAAUGAAAGUAUUAUUAUGGAUACUACAAAUGAUUUGUCUAUAAACAAUAUUGAAAACCUACAAGAAAGCAUCACUUCACAUAGCAAAGAUACUUUUGUUUCAGAGGUAGUUGAUGACACUAAUAAAAAUGAUGAAAUAGAAAUAAAUACACUAACUAAGGAAAAAGAUUAUGUAAAUAAAUCUGAACAUAUUGACACAAAUAAAUCCAAUGAUUCAAUGACGGCAUCCCAAACUAGUCUUGAUAAUAAUGUAAUGACUUCUGAAAAAAAUUGUUUAUCAUCAGAGCAUACUCCAAAUGUAGAGAAACAGCAGGUUACCUUUGUCAAUAAUUUACAAAAUAAAAAUAUUACAGACACUAGAGAAAGUAACAUUGAGCCUUCCGAACUACUAGAUAUUACAGAACAAGAAAAAUUUGUACAAAAUAGUACAGCAAGUAAUGAAAAUGAAGCAAUUGAAAAUUCAAAAUUAAAUUUUAAUGAGACAACAAUUUUAGGAACUGACACAGUAAAAGAAAUGGAAAGUGAUUCUGAAAUUGGAAACCUUCAUAAAAAUGCAUCAGUUGAACAGAUUAAUGCAAAAGGGGAAUUACUGGUAACUGAAACUAGUAUUUGUAAAAUAGACAAUGAAGGUAACAAACAAAUGAAAUCAACAGAAACUAUAGAAUUAUCAAAUGAAAAAUUGAUAAAUUGUAAUGAAGAGGGAAAUGAAAAAGUAACAUCUACUAAAUCACCUGAUGACUUGGAAGAAGAUAGACUUCUUGCAGAUCCUGUUCCAGAAAACAAUGCUACUCAGGUUAAUAGUGUAACUGAUGAAAUAAAAACAGAAGAUAUAACCACAGUUCCAGUGACAGAAAAUAAUGUAGAAACUUUACUAGAAAAAGAUGCUGCAUGUGGUACAGAGCCACAAUUAAAAGAAUCUAGUAGUAAUGCAAACUCUGGUGAUAAGACAGCUGCAAUAGAUAAUAACACAGAAGAACUUCCAUUAGAUACUUUACAUAAAAAUCAACGCAUAAUAUGUGAAAAAAUGGAUGUGACUAAUGAUACUGAACUUUCAAAUACUCAAGAACCUAUGGAGAAAAGUCAGAAAAAUGAAUGUAAACGUAAGCUUAGUAAGUCAGUUGAAGAUCAGGUAGAUGAUUUAGAAUACAAAAAACCAAAACUAGAUGUUAAACCUUGUGUUAAACCUCAAAAUGUGAAACAAAGGUACCAAGGUGCUACAUUUUGGCCAGUACACUUUAGGCAGAAACUUUGUACUUGCAAUGAAUGUCUGUCUAUGUAUAAAGAUUUAUCAGUAUUAUUCCUAAUAGAUCCUGAAGACACUGUAAGUGCAUAUGAGCAUUUAGGAAAGGAGAAAUCAAAUGGAAAACCAGCAUCUGAAUAUGAAAAAGGGUUAGCAGCUCUAUCUUCGUUAGACAGAGUCCAACAAAUUAAUGCACUGACUGAGUACAAUAAGAUGAGAGAUAAAUUAUUAGAUUUUCUAAAGAGUUUCAAAGACCGUAAAGAGGUAGUUAAAGAGGAAGAUAUUAAGGCUUUCUUUGCUGGGAUGAAACCAAAACGGGAACCCGAUGGAGUUUACUUCUGCAGAUAA